CAAAAUAAAUUAUUAACCAUAAAAAAAAAUAUUGUAGAGGGGCUUCUUGUCAUCUACCAAUAGUAUAAUGGUGUCUCUAGCCAUUAAUCCUCAGCACCUGAAGAUUUUAUCUUUCUAUUUCUUUGUCGGGUUGAGAGCCGGAAAUCCAUUACUUCUCCCCCCUUCUUAUCCCUUUCCACCUACAGAGAGUCAGAGACAGUGUAAAGCAGAGACCGGAGCAAACGAAAAAAAUGAAACCAUCAAUCUGUUUACCAUCAUCGCCGUCGUUGAACCCAAACGCCAACCCAUUUCACGGUUACUUGCUAGCUUCCAGGCCAUCUCCCGUUCGACGGCGGAGCACGCCUUCAACCACCGCCAUCAGAGCCCAGCAGCUGCCCGUCGCCAGAGAAGCGGUGUUGAAGGAUUUCCACCUACGAAGAGCUCUCAAGAUUAUCACUGGCCUCCAGAACUUCAACAGAGACAAUGUCGCUUCGGUUGUCACCGCCGCCGAUAAGGGAGGAGCGACGCAUGUGGAUAUAGCUUGCGACCCUGAAUUGGUGAAGCUUGCAAUUGCCCUAACUUCUCUCCCGGUGUGUGUCUCCUCUGUAGAUCCGGCAGCAUUUCCGGCUGCCAUUGAAGCUGGAGCAACAAUGGUGGAGAUCGGAAACUAUGAUUCGUUUUAUGAAGCUGGGAUUGUAUUCUCUCCGGAGCAGAUACUAAACCUGACAACAGAGACGAGGAGGAUUCUUCCUUAUGUUCCAUUAUCAGUCACUGUGCCUCACACACUUAGCCUUCCUGACCAGAUCAAGCUAGCAGAGCUGUUGGAGCAGGAAGGUGUGGACAUUAUACAAACUGAAGGAGGGAAAUGCUCAAAUCCUUCCAAAUCUGGUGUUUUGGGUUUGAUUGAGAAGGCAACGCCUACCUUGGCAGCUGCAUACUCAAUCUCAAGAGCAGUGAAGAUUCCUGUGAUGUGUUCAUCUGGACUCAGUGCAGUCACGGCGCCCAUGGCCAUCACAGCAGGAGCUUCUGGUGUGGGUGUGGGCUCAGCCAUUAACAAGCUCAACGAUGUAGUUGCCAUGAUUGCAGAAGUCAGAAGCAUUGCAGCUUCUUUGGGCAUCUCAGCUGACAGAAGUAGCUUAGCUGACGAGAAAAUCGUCGUAAUGUAACACAAUAGUGUAGUAGUGUUCAAUAUCCAUGGGGAUUGUGUGGGUAGCCGGCUACAAUAGAUGAGAGAUAUGUACUACUAUGAACCCCCUACCGAAAGGGACAACUUUACGAUCAGAAUAAAACGGCAUGAAUCGAGAUAGAGGUAACUAAAUUCGGGUCAAUUAACUCCAGAAUCGACA